AUGACGGCUAUCAAGGAAAUUCGGAAUCAGCUUCCCACAAUUCGACACUUUGGGCCAGGCCUUGUUGUUGUCUUCGUCGGCGGCACCAGUGGCAUCGGCGAGAGUACUGCUCGAGAAUUUGUGCGAUAUGCAGUCAGCCCGAGGGUAUACUUGAUAGGAAGGAGCCAGGAAGCAGCGACACGAAUUCAGCGCGAGUUCCAGGAGCUCAAUUCUUCCAGUGAGGUGAGGUUCAUCAAAGCCGAUGUAUCUCAGCUACGCAGUGUGGACGAUGUCUGCCAGCAGAUCAAGGCACAAGAAACAAAGAUCAACCUGCUCUUUCUGUCUGCUGGCAUUUUCCACUACAGAGGACGCGAAGAAACGCCCGAGGGCCUUGACCGCAGGUUUGCCCUCGACUUUUACUCGCGCCUGCGGUUCACCGAGAACAUGCUGCCUCUAUUGCGAGAAGUUGUGAGAGACGUCAGCGCUGAAUCUAACGCUCAAUCGCCGCGCCUUGCAAGCGUGGUCUCGGUGCUCGGUGCCGGUAGAGAAAAGUCGAUUGAUACGUCCGACUUGCCCCUCAAACACAAAUACAGCCUGGGAGCUUGCACCCAACACGCCACCACCAUGACGACGCUCUCUUUUGCUAGGCUUGCUGCAGAUCAAAACAACGCUGGGAUCACUUUUUUCCAUACCCGGCCGGGCAUAGUUAAGACGAAUGCGGACCGCGAGCUAGGCACGGCCUUUAGGGUACUGCUGGGUGCCUUCAGUAAGGUGUUCAAGGCGUGGACUGUACCGGUGCGAGACGCUGGAGAGCGAGGCCUGUGGGCGGCAACGAGCAGCGCGUUCGAGCCCGGGCAGUUGCAUCUGGUGGCGGAGAAUAGUGAACGUCUCAAUAAUGGUCAAAUAUUGAAGCAGCUGGAGGAUGACGGCACAUCAUCCAAAAUCUGGGAGCACACUCGAGAUGUUUUCCAGGCGAUUUGCUACAAUCCGGCGGGAAAAUAUCAGCAGUGA